UUCCGUGCAGCCGCCCGCUCAGAAUAGUUCCAGAUGUGGCCAUGUUUAGUUUGAUCUUUGAAGUUUUCGCUCAUCGUACUCACAAUUGCUACAUUUUUAUACUAUCUUUGCUGACAAUUAGUAGUAACGCUCUGUCCGAAAGAUAAUCGUACUCUUCGCCUGCCUGUCUGCCUGUCUGCCUGCCCGCCUGUCCGCCUGCCUGUCUGCCUGUCUACGGUCACUAGUCUCGUUCACACAAACGUUCAUUAUCUCUUCUCUUACCAACACAAAGAGAGAGAAAGAGAGAAGAGAAAGAAAGACUAAGAGACAAAAAGAGAGAAAGAUUAAUAAGAUUUUCUUUAAAAGCGCGGAAGAAAAACGCGAAACGUCAUCGUCGCGUCGUCACCGACCACAUCGACGAAGAUUCAUGAACGAUAUUCGCGCGAAUCCGUGAAUCGAUAAAAAAAGAAAAACGAAAAAAUUUCAUUUUGCUUCGCAACGAUCGACGCGUAAAAAAAAAAAAACGAAAAUACGUCGGGCUUAAUAUUAUAUAUGGCAUAUAGAAAUACGUAGAAUCAUUGGACGCUUGCCCUCUUGCGGUCGUUUUUAGGAAGGGAGCAUCCUCCAUGGAUGCGAUCCCUUUUCCGUCCCCCCCCUCUCCCGCAUAACAGAGAGAAGCACGGAAGACGACAAAUUUGAUCACGUCGGGAUGCGAAGUGCAAGCUUCUCGUGGCUUUGUCCGUACAUCUUUUCGUCGAAGAUAACGUUUUUUCAUAUAUUACCUUGAACGCGUUGAAAUAAUUACUCUGUCGAUAUACGUUUUCAUGUUUGAAAUUAACCGUCUUUCUAUAUACUAUCGCAUCCCAUGAUAUUCGUUUAAAUCGAAAUUAUUUGUCACGCGUAGUAGAGAUACAUAAACGGAAAAGUCCAAAACGGAUAAUGAUCGUUCCAUAUGCCACGUCAGCAAGAAUGACGUCGCUCUGUGGCAUGACAAAUAACGCGCCAUUUUCUUCUCUUCUAUUUAAUUAACCACGAGAGAGAGAGAGAGAGAGAGGGAGAGAGAAACAGAGAUAGGGAGAUAUCACAGUGAAUAUGUCUUAUCAAAUUUAAGUGCGAUAUCGAUUCUAAAGAACUUCAGAAAGCUUCUAGAGAGAUAUAUACGAUUAAUCGAGCUUAGCUUUCUCUCUGUGUGAGAGAAAGAGAAAGCGAGAGGAGAGAGAUACAGAAGCGUUCGGUGAACGAGGCCCGUUCUAAGAGCAGGCUUAUAAAUUCGGGCUGGGAGAAAGAGGCUAAGAAUAUUUUUUUUCUUUUUUUUUUUUCCAAAAAUUUUUAAUAUCUUUGUCCGUGGGGAUGCGCUCACGCGAGUAUAUAAUAGAUACCGACAGAUAUAGAGGGAGAUAGAGAGAAAGAGAGAGAGAGAAAGAGAGAGGACUAGCGAAAGAGAGGGAGAAAGAGAGAUAGAGAGAGAUAGAAACGGACAAUCGGGCCUUCCUUUGAGUUUAUUUGCCCAUUAUCAAGUUAUUUUCAAAGUCUCAAAUGAUCACAUACAGGCACGCGAAUCCACGAGCAAAGAUCCGUCGUGUGUGGUCGCGUCUAUCGAUCGAAUGAUCAACUUCGGGCCACAGUGGUAUAUCGUAUGGUACAAAACACGAUCGAUCGGGACAAAACAAUGGCAUUAGAGAGUGUUUCCGUGGCCGAGACUCUAAUCCAAAGUAAUAAUGAUAAUGACUUGGAAGAUGGAGAAAUUCCUUCUGAUGAAGAUGAUGAGCCAGUUACUCGUCCACAGACCGAAGUAAUUGAAUCUGCUAAGCCAUCUUCAAAACAAGAUGUAUCAAAGAAUAAAAAUUUUGAUUCUAAGUUUAAUAAGAACAAAAAGCAGCCUAUUCAAGGAACAACUGCUAAACAUGACAGAUACUUAAAAUAUAAAAGUCCAACAGAGGAUUGGGCAGGUGAUGUAGAGAAAGCUAUUAGAGCAGCUCUUGAGGAGGAUGGGGGUAGAAAUACUGAUUCAAAAUCAAAGAACAAAACUAAUAGGAAUAAGAGUAGGAAAAGAGUGCGUGAUGAGCGAGAUGAAGAUCGUUCAAAAGAUCAAAAGAAACGAAAAUUAAGUGAUGAUGAGAAUGGCAAUGAAGAUGACGAUGAAAUGGUUUUUGUUCGAGGUGCUUCUCCUAUUAGAAAAGAUUCUCAAGAUAAUAAUUCUCCCAGACAUACUAAUGAUCAUGAGAAUUUUGAUAGUAAUUCUGAUUAUGAAGAAAGGUCCAACAUAAAUCGGCACAGAGAAAAUGAGAAUAAGCGUGGUGGUAAUGGAAGAGGAGGAGGUCGUAGAGGUGGAAAAAAUGAACGCGGUGGAAAAAAUAAAGGCCGUGGACAAUUGAGGAAUGAAAGGAACGGGCGAAGAAUUCAAACCAACGAACAUGGACAAGAUCCUGAAUCCAUAUGUUUGUAUUACAUGCAAGGAAAAUGUCACAGAGGAGAUGAUUGUCCUUUCUCACAUAAUGCUUUACCUCCCAGAAAGAUGGAACUAUGUAAGUUUUAUCUUAUGGACUGUUGUGCUAAAAGGGACAAAUGUCUUUAUAUGCACCAUGACUUUCCAUGCAAGUUCUUCCAUACUGGUUUGAAGUGUAAUCAAGGUGAUAACUGUAAAUUUUCGCAUCAACCUUUAAAUGAGCAGGUAAAAGGAAUUCUUUUGAAACAUCUUGAAACUGCACCAAAAGAAAUUCUUGGGGAUUUUCCACGUUUGAGUAGAGAAAGAGCAAUGUUAAUGAUAAAUAAUACAGCUACAGCACUCGCCCAAGGACAAGAUACAACGAAUCAGAAAAUUCCUAGUUUAUUUGAUUUGAAUGUGCCUGCACCAACAAAUACUUUAGAUAAAAAUGAAAACAAGGAUGACAAAGAGGAAACAUCCAAUCAACAGAAAAGCACUGUUAGGGAAAGAAAACCUUCUGGGAAAAAGACACGUUGGGGAUCUGAUGAAGAUAGAGUACCAUAUGAACAAAUUAUGUUAUUACAAUCAGCUAAUGAACUUGGUAUUCAAUUGCCUAAUGCAGCUUUAGGUUUAGCGACUCAGCAGCAAUUGCAACAAAGUCAAGUAUUGCAGUCAUGUGUUCCAAGCAUGGAUUUUUACACUGAAACUAAUGCAGAUUCUAAUAAAACAACUGUAAAUAAAUUCAAAGAUAAAGAAGAUUUUACAAAGGAUGUAGAAGAAGAUGAAAUUUUAGCACAAGCGAAAAGAAAAAAUACGUCAACUAAUGAAAAUUCAAAGGAUAUAGAUUUGAGGGAGUUACUAAAAGGUUCAAAAAAACCACCACCUGUGGUUAGUAUAGCUGAUGAAGUUGCAAAUCUUAGUAAAUCCAAGCUCGAUGAAGAAAGUGAUCAAGAUGAUGAAACCGAGCUUGUUAUUGAAAUGCCAAUUGAAGAUGAUGAUAAAGAGAAAGUAGUAGAACCACGAAAAGAAUCCUCGAUAUCAAACGAACAAGGCAAUAUUUCGAGUGUAGCUUCACCUUCUGCGGAAGAACAAGAAGUUCCAUCCCAUUUACCAAAAAAAGCUCAAGAAUUAUUUUUACGUAUCCAGCAGCAACAACGUGCUGCACAGGAUAGCUUUAAAAAUGUGGAAGAUGAGAACAAUGCACGUAGUACAGAUCAGAUUUUAGAAGAUUGGUAUUCGGACGAUGAUGACGACGACGAUGGUGGUAAUUUAACUAUAGUACUUUCUUCGAAAGAUGCUUCAAAAGACGAAUCUGAGCCAUCUGAAAAGGGCCAAAAUAUUAUAAUAAAAGAACAAUUUCAAUCUGCAUCUUCUGCACCAAGUAUACCUCAACCAGCAGCUAUUGUAGAUAAACUUGGAGACUUAAGUAAAAUUGAUAUUAGUGCAGAAGUAUCUAAAUUAUUAUCAUCUCUUAAAGCACAAAGUUCAACAAAUGGUAAAACUCUACAAACUCAACAAAAUAGCACUAUAAAUACUCAAGAAUCUUCAGUUUCAAAAAUGAAAUCUACACAAGAUACAAAUAAUUCUGCAACUGAAUACAAUCCUGUUACUAAAGUAGCUAAUAAUUCUACAUUUGGUGUUUCAAAUCAAAUUUCUAAAAUUGAAAAUGAAGCAUCAAGUCCUAGGUCGUCGCCUGGUACAAGUUCAACAGUAGCUCCUGUAUCUAGAGAUCCUCGAAUGUCCAGAGAUCCUCGACAACGCCGAGAUGAACAGAAACCAAGUAGUCCAAAUAGGAUAGAUCCUAAAAAAGAAACGAAACAUCUUAGGUUAGAAACGAGUAUCUACAGUUCUGGUAUUACAUCAGUAGAUACUAACAUGGAUACAGAUCUUAGAACUAGGGCAGAUCAAGAUCUUCGAAGAAAAGACAUGGAUUUUAGGCAACGUUUCCAAACUGGAUUUGGAGAUACAGAUCUUAGAGUAGUUGGUGCAGGAUUUACAGAUACAUCCACUAAAUCGGACGUUGAUCUGCGACAAAUGUUAAGUUUGCCAUUCAAACCAGCUCCUUCACAUAUCCCAUGCACUGAAAUAGACGCAAGUUACAAUUCCCAUCCUCCAAUGACUUACAAGGUAUAUGUCGUUGAUAUACCAAGACCUGAUUAUACAGGUUUAAAGCUUACAAAAAAUGAUCCACAAGUGAAAUAUGAUCCUCGUCUUAGAAAAAUUUUCCGUGUUAGUAAAGCUGAAAUAGCUGAUUCUCCUAUGUCUCCACCACCAAUGAAGCCAGACACACCAAAAUCACCUCCACAAAUUCGAUCCGAUCCACGAAGAAAAGCGCUCGAAGUUUCUAAUCAAUCCUCACAGAAUGUUAGUGCUUCCAUGAUACAAGGUGCUCCGCAACAACCAAUGGAAAUGGCUAAUAUGGCUCUUGGUCCCCCUGGUAUGCCUGUUACACAAAAUAUGCCAGGAUCACAAAAUAUGAUGGCUAUGUCACCAAAUCCAAUGCUUGGAAAUAUGGGACCCAUGGGUCCCAUGAUGAAUUCUCCUAUGGGUCCACAAAAUAUGCCUCCAAUGAGUAUGACUAGUAUGCCAAACAUGACACCAACAAUGAAUAUGAAUGGACCAGUCAUGUCACAAAAUCAAAUGAACUAUGAUCCACGUUAUAAUGCACAACGCAAUAAUGGAGCUGGACUUUUAGGUCCUGCUCCUGGUGUAGGUUUUGGACCUGAUGUUGCUCCUGCAUAUGAUGGGCCUCCCCCAUAUACUGGAGGUAAUUUUAACAAUUUUGGUCCAAAUACUGGUCCUGCAGAUCCUAGCUUAAUGGGUUUCAAUCCAAAUGGGCCAAAUCCUCCAAAUUUUGUUAUGGAUAGUGGACCUGAUUGGAACGGUGCAAAUCAGAGUAGACGUGGUGGUCGUGUUAGGAGACGAAAUCGUAACAGGACCAACAUUGUGACCAAUAAUUAAUGCAAUAAUUCAUCCAUUUGUGUAGGUACAUAACUUAAGUACCUGAUGAUAAUUCUCAUAUGUAUGAUUAUACUAGCAUAGCACGCAUUGUUAUAUAAUGCAAUGAGCUAUAUGGUUCGCUUCAAUUAUUUUAUUGUCAACUGUACAAAUGUUUGACAGUAGGAAUUGUCCUUACAUACUUUAAUAUAUAAAAUCGAACAUACAGUGUGUAUAUGUAGUGCCGAUAAUUGCACUGUUUUGUGUUCUGCUCUUAAGGCUAAAUGCAUAUAGAGUAAACACAAUAUAGAACAAAUAAAGUUGGAAAAUAUUGUUUUUGAUAAUACAGAUAAUUAAAUUUUAAGGAAGAUCUGUAUAUAUCAUGUAUUUAUGAUUACUUCAAAAAGACAUUUAGUAAUUAAGGUACGCAGAAUAGGAAAAUAUUAGAUUGUACUCUAAUUGAUUUAUAUUUUUGUUAUGUCUUCCAAUAUAUAGUACAUAUACACACUUGCGCGCAUAUAUACAUACUAAAUGUUUCAUUUAAGAAAUUCAACAUGCCAUCUUUGCUUUUUGAUUAUACAAAAUUCAGUUAUAAAUGCACCAUUUACAAUUUUAACAUUUGAUUUAUUUAAGCAUUGUUCUAUAUGUGAUUUUCUCACUUUUGUAGGACUAAUUUUUGUAUAGAUUUUGCUAAUAGAUUAAAACACAAAAUAAUAUCUUAGUUCCUGUUUUUAUUUAUUGUAUUACAUUAUCUUAAUUACAAUAUAUAAAAAAAAAGUUUGGUGCAAUUAUAAAUCUAAUGUUCAACUGGCAAAUAUUAAAUUAUGUUAUAGAAAGUAAAUAGUUCCCUUUAAAUUAACUCUCAUGAGCAUAAUAAAUUUUAAUAAAUUAAAAAAUGGAAUAUAUAUAUAUAUAUAUAUAUAUAUAUAUAUAUAUAUCAUUCUUAAUUUACUUGAAUUUUUCUACAACACAAACAGCAUCAUUUCUGCUGACUUUUGUUGAACACAUUUUGUAUAUCCAUAAGCAAAGAAUAUGUA